UUGUACUCAACUUGCACCUAGACUUGAGUAUAGUACCACUUCUUGUACUCUUGCACUUAUACAAGCCUAUUGCAACGUGAACGGUGGUUAAUUCCUUUAAGAUUCCUUCGAAAUGGCCGGUGUUAGGGCAGUCGUCUUGGUGGUGCUAUUGGCAUAUACUGUUGGGGGAUUAGCCUAUGAUUCAGACAUGCUUCAAGAUGUUUGUGUUGCCGAUCCUAAAUCAGGAAUACUAGUGAAUGGAUUCCCUUGCAAAAAUAUUAGCAUGAUAGCCGCGGAAGACUUCUUCUUCAUGGGGAUUUCUAAACCAGGCCAGAUCACCAACAAAGUCCUUGGAUCGAAAGUCACUGGGGCAAAUGUUAUGGACAUCCCUGGCCUUAACACCUUAGGAGUUUCCAUGGCUCGAGUCGACUUUGCUCCCUACGGUCUAAAUCCACCUCACAUUCAUCCCCGUGCCACUGAGAUAAUCUACGUUCUUGAGGGUGAAUUGUACGUUGCUUUCAUAACAACCAGUAACAAACUCAUUUCUAAGGUUGUUAAGACAGGUGAAGUAUUUGUUUUCCCUAGAGGUUUGGCUCACUACCAGAAAAACAAGUCUAAAUACCCGACUUCUGUUAUAGCUGCCUUUAACAGCCAAUUGCCAGGCACUCAACAGUUUGCAGCUGCUCUCUUUACUUCCAACCCUCCUGUGUCCAACGACGUGUUGGCUCAAACAUUUAACAUCGACGAACACAAUGUUGAGAAGAUCAAGGCUGGCCUUGCUGCCUAAAAGUAGCCUUUUCCUUAGGGAAGUUCAACAAAUUUGAGUUCCUAAACAUGUUGAUUAUAUGGUUUUUCUUGUUAAGACUAUUAUUCUUCAUUGGUGUGUAUUAACUAUUAAUGCUAUUUGACAUCGUAUAUGUAAUUGACAGAAUAAAUGAAGUUAGUUGUUACUUGUUCGAACUCUAUCGUUCCUAGUACACUUUUGUAAAACUCCAUUCAAUUAUUUCUCUUGUUCAAGAAA